ACAAAUCACCGACAAAUCGAGGGACAAUACGGAAGCUCGCGUUCAACGCCCAUUCCGUUUCCUCACGCGCCAAGAUGCCGUCGGUGUCGUCAGGACGGAUUACCAAAGCCCGAAAGGGCAAGAAAUUGACUCCCCACCAGAAGAAUCACAGGUGGGAGUCGUUCCAGACCAAGAUCGCGAAGCUUCAUUCCCUCGACCCCCUGCGAAAAGUGCGCCGACACGACCUCGACGCCGAAGACCUCGAGGCUACCACAUCUUACUUCAGAAACGGCCUGGAAAGAUGGAACGAGCUGAAUAUUUCGAGGGGCUUCGUUUCGUUCAAGCGCGAAGUCCUCCCACUCACCGAGAGCCUCGCCCAGAUCCUACACUUCGAGACCCGGAUCUUCGAGCUCCUCACGCAAUACAUUUCCAUGCAAGAGAAGGAGGCUUUGGAACCACUACUCGACCUCCUGACCGCCUUUGCCCACGACCUUGGAAUUCGCUUUGAGAAGCACUAUGCCGCCUCUCUCGGCUUGGUUGCGGCCAUCGCUGCCAAGCCCCAGGAUGUCGAAGUCAUCGAGUGGGCCUUUGCCGCCCUCGCCUUCUUGUUCAAGUAUCUCUCGAGACUUAUUGUCCCCAACCUCCGACCGACAUACGACGUACUUGCGCCGCUGCUGGGAAAGACACGACACCCCCCUUACAUUGCCCGGUUUGCUGCCGAAGCCACCAGCUUCCUCAUCAAGAAGGCCGCUGCCCCCGCCAACCGCGAGACCGCGCUGGUCUCCAUCGUCACCCACGCGAGAGAUGACCUCUUGAGCAUGGCCGGGGAACGCCAGUUCCAGCUAUACCAAGACGGGAUAAUGACCAUGUUUUCCGAAGCCAUGAAGGGCCCCGGAGAGACCCUGCACUCCACCGCACAAGCCACCCUGAAGGCUCUCUUGGGCGCUUUACCCGCCCCCGAACUGGAGCUCUCCCCGGAUUCGACGUGGUCCAACGUCAUCUGCGGCGUCCUCACCAGCGUCAUACAUCAUUCGAACGCCACUAGUUUCGCACCGCUGGAAGAAGCCAUCUUGGAGGAGGCCAAUCUCCGGAUGGCAGAACAGGCGUCUGACGGACCAUGGCGCUUCGUUCCCCUGAUUAGGGCUAUCGGCACAGUAGCCGGCGUUCGUGCGGGAUCAAGAAUGAGCAACUGGUCAUCCAUUGUCCGGUGCCUCGUAUCCAUGAUGGAUUGGACGACGAAGCGUGCGCCGGAUGUGUCGUCUGAUCAGGCCAACCUGGUUUGGAAACAUAUUGUCUCCCACACUGCCAUUGUGUGGCAUGCAGCUCCCAUGGAUGCCCUUAUUCCAGGCAUCAAAGACUUCACCAACUCGCUGCAGCGGGAACCAUUCAUGAGGUGGUUUAUCCCGUUUUGCGCCUACCUUUCAGACCUGGACUCUCAACGGUUCCGUAGCCUAUUUCAAUCAUAUUUCCAGAGAUUUGUUGGCAGUCAUUGGUCAGAAGGUCACAACGACGACGAGCUAUGCAUCUUCCUACCCAAGAUGGUAAAGGCCGGUAGCCUUCCGGCUCCUGGGGAAAAGGAGACUUGGACCCUCCCGCGAGGCUGGCAGGACCAAAUCGUGGCAAAGUUUGAGCGACUGGAGGUUUCCCCGUUCCCUGAACGUGGCACUUAUGACAAGGACCCCCAGACAUGGAGAGACAGGUGCUUGCCCAAGUACUCCAUGCUACUCGAUCUGCUCGAUUCAACAACCGUCCACCCAAGCGCCACUGCGAAGAUCGCCGACCUUUUGCUGAGAAAGUUGAAGCUCGCGUUGAGGCCGACCUCGUCCCUUGCCUCAGAUGAGGUCCACUUCAGCAUUAGCCAAGGCUUUCAUGCGUACUUGCGUAUGAGUAAAGUGGCCGGCCCUGUCGAUCCUGGCUUGGAACCCCUGCUUCGAGCUGCUCUGCCUCGGUUCAGCCGGUCGAUAGGAUUCCUCGAAGCUUACUUGACGUACGAACAACUCAAGCGAAGUGGGCCUCCCGUAGAACGUCGGGAUAGCAGCAGUAGCAGCGAAGGCUCGAAGACAGAGGUCGAUCCCGUCGUGAAGGCUCUGGUCGACAACCUCUCGUCACCCUCACACGAACUCCGACUCGCGACGUUGAACAUCUUCGCCAAGCUCGAGUCCACCACGGACGAGUCGUCCUGCCUGGCUCUGAUGACCCAGAUCGAAGAGACCCCCCUGGAGCUUGGCACAUUGCGAGUCAUCGCCAUGCAUAUUCGCAAACUUGGGCAGACAUACUCCUCGCUGAGUGAAGGGUCUUGGCUGCGACUCGCCGUCCCCGCCUUCUUGUUCGGCAUGAUGACCGUCAAGCUGACGCCUCUUUGGAAAGACGCCUGCGCCGCUUUGGAGCAGGUUGGCCACACCAAAUCUGGCGAGGAAGCUAUCCUGACUCUAGCCCUCGACUGGCUUGACGUCCCUUCGAGCAGAAGCACUGGACCGGGCGGUCCGCUACCGGGACAGACACGCAGGCCGCUGACCGAAUUUGACUGCACACAUCUCCAGAAGCUCACCACUGUGGCCGAGGACGUGCACAACACGGUCGAAAGCGUCCUGCAGAUCAUGCUCGAGUACUUCGACAAGCAACAGCAACCCGUCGAGACACAUCCCUUCAAUGCGCGGUCUCAGGCCCUCAAAGUACUCGCUGCCUUGCCGGCACUGGCAGAGAAGCGGUCUCGAAAGAUCGUCCCGUACUUCUUGUCUUGGGCUACUGAAUCCACCGGUCCGUCAGACAGCCGACGAGACGAGGAAGACAAAGUCGCGGAAGAUGACGAAGGUGCUGAAGGAGAAGGAGAGGAGGAGGAGGAAGAAGAAGAAGAAGACGAGGAUCGAGACGAGGGCGAUGCCGGUGCCGACAGUUGGUCUCUCUAUGAUCGAAAAGCCAUGUUAGCCGUGUUCGAGAAGUUCGUCAAUCCCAAGUCUCUCUACGAGAGCGAGAAAGUCUACCAAGCCCUCCUGCAUCAGUUGGAAAACGGCGACAUCGACGUCCAGAAAUCGGCCCUCAAGUCGAUUCUUACCUGGAAGCAGGAAGGCAUCAAGCCGUACCAGGAGAACCUGGAAUACUUGCUCGACGAGGCGAGGUUCAAGAACGAGCUGACUGUCCUAUUGCAGGGCGAGCAGGCCAUCCAAGCUGAGCAUCGUCCCGAGCUGAUGCCGGUCUUGCUGAGACUGCUCUACGGCAGAACCAUCUCCAAGAAAGGAGCGGCGAGCGGCCGGCACGGACUAGCGGCCACCCGUCUAGCUGUUCUGAGGAACCUGUCGGCAGAGGACCUUGGCGGUUUCCUUGACAUUGCACUUGGAAAGCUGAGGGGUCUCACCGUCUUGGACGACAACAACUCGGGGCUCCGAGAGGAUCUGUUCUCCCGUGAGAUCCUAGCUCCGCGGAAGCAAGUCGGUUUCAUGAAUAUGAUGCUGCCACUGAUCAACGAGCUCGGUACCGACGUUGAAUCCUACAUCGACAGGCUGCUCAACUCCGUCCUGUACUGCGUCAUCUAUGCCUGCCGAAAACUAAGGGAGCUGGCCGCCGAGUCCGAUGCAGAUCAGGAGGAAGAGAAGGGACCGUCGCACCAAUCCCUCUUCAGGGUCACGCGGACCACCGGCCUGAAGUGCUUGCAUUCGUUGUCCCGGAACGCGCCAAACUAUGCCUGGACUCGUUACGUGGAGAUCAUCACGGCCGAGGUCGUCUCUCCUCGCAUUGAGAAUCUGCCGGCGGAGAAUACGCAAGGCGUGUCCGGGCUCCUGCAGCUGCUCUCGAUCUGGUCCCAGCUCCCCAAAGCCGCACUGUUCCUGUCGAUCAACAGCCAAAUCCUCCCCAAGAUCAUUGAGUGCGUCUCGGUCGAGAAGGCCAAGGACGAGGUCAAGAUCUUCUGCUUGGGCAUCGUCCGGAAUCUCAUCGGACUGGUCAAGGCGCCUGCUUCCCAGUCCGAAUUCAACGAGCUGAUCAAGGCCGAACUCCUCGACCCCAACACCGACCUCCUCCUUCGACACAUAACUGCGGCUCUGAAGUCUGACGGCAUCAGCACCAGCUUGCUGGACGCCUGUCUGGAGACGGUCGUUGACAUAUCUCCCCUGGUCGAGACGUCCGAGAAUGUCAACGAAGUGUUGCAGAUCUCCAUCUUCCUCCUCAACCAGCCACCCAGACGGGUCAAUCCCAAAGCCAAGGGUCAGGUCUUGCUGAUCCUAGAGCAGUUCGUCACGCUCCACGAAGCGAACGGCGUGGACUUGGGUCCGUCCAGCGAACUGUUCUCAACCAUCUUCGAAACGGUGUCUGCCCUGUUCAGCUACUUCAAGGAUAGGGAGAACAGGCAAUCUCUCAGCCGUCUCAUGGUCGUUCUCAGCGGGAAAGAUGCUCAGCUCGAGCUCAUCGCUUCGAUUUGUACCUCCAUGAAUGCUUUCGCCGAGGGCCGUAUUGAUGAGCCCGACUACGACAGGCGAUUGUCUGGUUUCAACCAAGUGUCUGGCAAAGAUGGGCCCUUUACCGCUCGCCAAUGGCUUCCUCUCCUCCAUAACAUGGUGUUCUACCUCCGCGCCGACGAGGAAUUCGGCAUCCUAUCAUCGAAUUCUGCGGAUGGAAUGCGGACGUUCAUCCAGGAAGCUGCUGCUUCCGAGGACGAGGACACGAAAAAGAAAUUUGGCGCAUACCUCGACAAGAUCAUCCUGCCCGCCCUGUACUCCGGAGCACGCGAACCUUCCGCGACGGUCAGACGAGAAUGCCUUCGAAUUUUCGGCUAUCUGCUCUCUAGGAUGCCGACCUGGCACGCGGUCUCCGACCUGAAAGGUCUGCUGACGGAAGCGGACGAGGAGUCGUCCGAGCCGGCCUUCUUCUUCAACAUUCUCAGUCCCGCGACGUCCAGGCAGCUGGAGGCCCUCCAGCUCUUGGAGACGGCGAACGAGGCGUCCGAAUUCAGCAGCCAGAAUCUCUACCACUUCUUCAUCCCCGUCCUGGAACACUUCAUCUUUGGUCGUACGGACGGUAGCGACGAUCACGGCUUGGGGGCUCAGGCGUCUGCGACCAUCGGGAACUUGGCCAUGUCGCUAGAGUGGAAGCAUUACCGCGUUGUUCUGCAGCGGUAUAUCGGCUUUGUGGAGUCGAAGCCGGGUCUGCAGAAGCAGGUGGUUCGGCUUCUUGGGAAGGUUGCGGAUGCUCUGGUGUCGUCCUCCCAGCUCAAGCAUACGGCACGGGCACAGCCAGAGGCAGGGGCGGAGGCGCAGGAACAGACACAGGAACAGACACGGGAACAGAAACAGGCGGAGACUGACGAGUCCGGCGAUUCCACCUCGCCCAUGAGGAGACUACCCUCUUCGAUGCCGGACGAGAUCAGUGCCGACAUCUCAAACAACUUCUUACCGACGCUCCUGAAGCAUUUGAACCACAAGGACGAGUCGGAAGUCAGCCACCGAGUACCCGUCGGCAUCAUCAUCGUCAAGCUCCUGAAGCUUCUGCCGGAGGGACAGAUGGGCCCGAAACUGGCGGGCGUCCUGACGGAUAUCUGCCACAUUCUGCGCAGCAAGGGCGACGAGUCGCGAGACAUGGCUCGGGACACGUUGGUGCAGAUCGCGGGCAUCCUGGGGCCGUCGUUCUUUGGCUUCAUCCUGAAGGAAUUGCGAGGCGCUCUCAAACGAGGAUACCAGCUGCACGUCCUCUCGUACACCCUGCAUUCGAUUCUACUGAAGGUCAUCCCCGAGUUCCGACAGGGAGAUCUCGACUAUUGUCUUCCCCCCAUCGUCGCAGUCAUUAUCGACGACAUCUUCGGCGUGACCGGCCAAGAAAAGGAUGCCGAAGGCUACACGAGCCAAAUGAAGGAGGUCAAAUCCAGCAAGAGCCAGGACUCGAUGGAGCUCAUUUCCAAGUCCGUCUCGGUGAAUCACCUCAUCCACCUCAUCCACCCGCUCCAGUCCCUCCUCAUGCAGAAGCUCGAUCUCAGGAUGGUCCGAAAGAUUGAUGGGCUCCUGACGCGCAUCACGACGGGGCUGCUGCAAAACCCCGCUGCCGAGAGCAGGGACACGCUGGUGUUCUGCUACGAGGUCGUCCAGGAGGUGUACAAGAGCCGCAAGCCGGAAGAGGUGACGAGGAUCGACCCAAGGGUGAAGAAAUACCUCUAUCAGAAAGGGGUGAGGAAGAGCGAGCGGGAAUCGGGAAACAGGCAUACCUACAAGCUGACCAGAUUCGCGCUCGACGUGCUGAGGUCGGUGUGGAAGAAGUACGACAGCCUGCGCAGCGAAGCGAACAUCUCCGGCUUUGUUCCCAUCCUGGGCGACGCCGUGGUGGCAGGGGAGGAGGACGUCAAGGUGGCGGCCUUCAAGCUGCUCACGGCCAUCGUCAAGGUGCCCUUCGGCUCGGACGAGGGCACGGGUCUCUACAAGGUGGCGACGAAGGAGGCCACGAAGAGCAUAUCCCUGUCGGCGACGACGGCGUCGGACCUGUCGCAGUCGGCGCUCAAACUGGUCUCGGUGGUCCUCAGGGACAGACGGGACGUGGUGGUCAAGGAUGCAGCGAUCGACAUGCUCGUUGCCAAGCUGAAAGAUGACCUGACCGACCCUCUGUACCGCCACGUCACGUUCAAUUUCCUGCGGUCGGUGCUGGACCGCAAGAUCGAGACGGCGAACGUGUACGACACGCUCGACUAUGUGGGGACGGUGAUGAUCACCAACGACGACAAGGACACGCGCGACCUGGCCAGGGGCGCCUUCUUCCAGUUCCUUCGGGAGUAUCCGCAAAAGAAGGCGCGGUGGGCGAAGCAGCUGAACUUCAUCGUCGCCAACCUCAAGUACGACCGCGAUGGCGGGCGGCUGUCGGUCAUGGAGAUCAUCCAUCUACUGCUGCGAAAGUCGUCGGAUGACUUUGUGCAGGAGAUUGUCGCGACGUGCUUCCUGCCGGUCAUCUUCGUGGUGGCCAACGACGAGAGCGACAAGUGCCGUCUCGCGGCGGGCGAGCUGGUCAAGGAGAUCUUUCGACGGGCGGACAGGGAGCGGAUGAAGACGUUUCUGGCGCUGCUCCGGUCGUGGCUCGACCAAGACGACAACCCGGCGGUGCUGGGCCUCGGGGUGCGGGCGUUCGGGUUCUUCUUCGAAGCGAGAGAAGCGUCGGACAAGGACAAGAAGGAGGUGAAGCUCGUGCUGGGCAAGAUUGGCGAGAUUCUCGGCACGGGGGACAUCCGGGUGGCGGACGAGGAUCUGAUCAACACGACGCUGAAGACGACGCAGAUCCUCACGCAGGCGUACCCGGCGCAGCUCCUGGGGCCGACGUCGCGGGAUUUGUGGGUCGACAUCCGCAACUGCCUGACGCAUCCCGAAGGAUCUGUCAAGCUGAGCGCGGCGAGAGUGCUCAGCCCGUACCUCGCGGAUUUCGGGGCGAAACCGGCGUCUGCAGGCGAGACGAUGAGCGGUUCGCACGGCCUCGAGCUCGGAACGGAGGAUGUGCAGGAGCUCGUGCGGCUAGCCAUGGGCGCGCUGCGGACGGUGGAGCAGCAGGCGCUCGACGACGACCUGGCGGCGGAAGUGACGCAGAUGCUGAUCUUCCUGGGCCCGCGGAUGCAGGCGAAGCUGCGCGACGCGCCCGUGGCGGACGCGCUGGCGGGCGACGGCGGGGCGGGAGGAGAAGACGAAGAGGAGGAGGAGGAGGAGGAGGCGCGGCUGGAGCAGCGGGGCAAGGACCUGCAGUACCUGCUCUGGAAGCUCUCGUCGAUGCUGCGGCGGGCGGUGCGGGCGACGUCGGCGGCGAUGACGGGCAAGGUGGCGGCGAUGGAGGUGCUGGAGACAAUCUGCCGGCGGGUGCCGGACGCGGACCUGGCGCCGUCGCUCAAGACGAUCCUGUACCCGCUGCAGAGCAUCACGGACCCGGCCAUCUCGACGCCGUUCUCGCUGGACGAGGGGUUCAAGGCCAAACACGAGGCGGUGCGGGGGCGGGCGCAGGUGCUCAUGGACGCGCUGCAGAAGAAGUUUGGCACGGCCGAGUACAGCAGGACGCUGCUGGCGAUCCGGGAGGAGGUGCGGGCGCGGCGGCAGGCGCGGUCGAGCAAGCGGAGGAUCGAGGCGGUGACGCAGCCGGAGAAGUACAGCCGGGACAAGAGGAAGAAGACGGAGAAGAAGAAGGAGAAGAAGAAGGUCAAGGCGCAGGAGUAUAAGACUUAUCGGCAGUCGUUCAAGCAGUGGUGACCUUUUGUCUUUCUUUUCUUGUUUUUGAUAUUUACAUUGAAAAGCAGCUCAUGGAACGAGGCAGCAUGGAUAGAAGGGCGUUUGAGGCGUUAUUAUGCCGACAAAAUUGUUGAGAUUUUUCGAGUGGCAUUUUAUGCUAAGGUAUGGUACAUGGGCAACGAAGGCCCGUUGAGAGAAUGAAAACAAGUUUCCCAGGUCCAUCC